AUGCCGCUGAGGCCUCUGAUGCUUCUCGAAUCUUCUCACAUCGACGACAGUUUGUGCAAAGUCCUGAACAGUGUCGCCAAGCGCGGGAAAGACGCGACAGAGUUUCUUCGUCUGAUUUGUGCCAGGAGCAGAUGGCCGUACGAGCGUCAGGAGCAGUUGAGGCCUCUCCUGGAUGCCCUGGCGCGAGCGCGGCAGAUUGACCCUGCCGCGCACAAUUGGUGGGCGUACGUGAAUCCUGAGCAUCAACAUUGCAUAGAGCAGGACAGCUUCCGGGUCAUCAUGAGCGAGUACCUUUGCUUAACGGCUCACCUUGAGGCCGUGGACUUCGCUGACGGUCGCAUCAGCGAGGCCCACUGCCUGAGAUGCUGCCAGACUUGGCGCCUUAGCCUAGCCAAAGCACUGGGCCUGCUUCGGACAUCUGGCGGCUUCACGCUGACUACCGUCAAUGGGGACGCCUCCAAGAGGUACGUCACUUGA